UAUAACUCUUAAGAUCAUACAAUCAACCUAACAGUCGUCUACAAAUUAUUAAUUUUUCUUUGAUACUUUUAACCCUUUUUUUUAGUUGGGUAAUGGUGGAAGUAAUUAAGAUUGAUGUUGCCAUGUUUUCUCCUAUAAAAGCUAACCACCAGUAGCUGCUCUUCAAGUGAAAAUUGUCAAAUAGUCUAGCAUGGCUACAGUUCCAGCAAGAGAUAAGUACAGGUCUUUCCUGCAUGAUGAACCAGAUACCGUUCAAUGGCGACAUGGUGGCCCUCCAACAUAUGAUGCUGUUAAUCAGCUCUUUGAAGAAGGCCGAACCAAGGAAUGGGCAGAAGGAUCACUUGAAGAAACAGUGCAAAAUGCUAUUAAGUCAUGGGAGAUGGAAAUUUCCCACAAGGUUCGCUUACAAGACGUCAAGUGCAUUAACCCUGAAAAAUUCAAGCUCAUCGUUAAUGGAAGAGAAGGAUUGACAGGAGAAGAGACACUAAAACUUGGGACUUACAAUGCACUAUUGAAGAAUUCUCUACCAAAGGAGUUCCAAUACUACAAAGCAGACGAAGAAACCUUUGAAUCAUCUCAUGAAGUUUUUCGUUCAGCUUUUCCUCGUGGAUUUGCAUGGGAAAUCAUCAGUGUUUACUCUGGACCUCCUGUAAUUGCUUUCAAGUACAGGCAUUGGGGUUUCUUUGAGGGUCCUUUUAAGGGACAUGCCCCAACCGGAGAGAAGGUUGAAUUCUAUGGGUUGGGAACUGUUAAGGUUGAUGAAUCUCUCAAGGUAGAAGAAGUUGAGAUUUACUAUGACCCUGGAGAGCUAUUUGCUGGCCUAUUGAAAGGUCCGUCAAUCUCAGAAUCAGAAACUGGCCAUGAGACUUCACCUACUGAUCACGGCUGCCCGUUCCAAAACUAAAUUAAUAUGCAUUUCCGAGAGCUUUCCUGUGCUUCAAUUAGUGCCGUAUAGGCAGCAUUUGCUUUGUCAACAUCAGCUUUUUAUCUAUUUUUAUUGUCGUCAUCUACAUCUACUGUACUAAAGCACUAUCUUAAACAAUGAACCUUAUAUAUUGUGUCUUA